GAAAGUUGAACGUGUUUAUUUCACGAACGUGCGUGAACGUGAUUAUGGUCACUAUUCCACAAUAAUGUUGCAUUUAUUCGACAGAAAUCGAGAGAAUAUUUUACCGGAGUGCCAUAGAACGUGCACGAGCGAUAUAAUAAAUGUGAAUGUGCAACUCAAAUCCCAUUGACCUUUCCUUUAAUCCUUCCUUCCAUGUGCUCGAUAAUCGUGUUUAUUUCCCUUCUUCCCUCUGUGCGUUUGUUUACUAAAGAUCCAUAGCCGUGGAAAAUUUUGAGACCUCCAAAUCGGACCGCAUUCGUGGCGAGGUAGCAAAAGAGACGUUAGAGUGAAAUAAGAAAAUUAAAAGAGAUUGUGACAAUGACGUCUAAUUGGUACGCGACGGACUCGGUGUGCGAUUCGCAAAACUUUAAUUUGCGAUUCUCCGCGGGUUCCAGUAUCGAAGACUCUUCACCGCAACGUUUUGUCACAAACGGGACGACGGAAGACGACAUUAUUGUGAUUAGUGAUUCCAGUUGCAGCUCAUCCCCUGUGCCCACUGCCAAAAUGCGUAUGCCGAGAUGCAGAUACGAUUCAACGUCUAAUGUUCUUAAUGUUAGAAAUAAGGAAUACCAGAAGCUACAUUUCUUGGAGAUUUCUUCUUCUUCGGAGAGCGAAAAGGAAAGGGAGUCUGAUUCAUCGUGGAAGCGAUCUGACAAUAAAUUUUCAAAGAAGAAACCUAUAAAUAGAACUGUUGUGCUUAAUGAGACACCUACUGAGGCGUCGUUAACUUCUAACGAUACCUUAUUAACUUCUGACAGUGCCUCGACCAAUGACAAAACUGCUAUCAACAGCAAUAUAAUAAAAUAUUACAGAGAUCAGGUAGAUAAAUCUAAAAGAUACAUUAAUGAUAGAAGUCCUAUGUUGAUUACAGAGCAAGAGAAAAAUUUGAAACUAAGAGAAAAAUACAAUACAGAACAGACAAAUGGAAUAAUUAAAUCAAGUGGUGCCACGUACUACAGUGACAGUCCUAAUGUUCUCAAUAAACAUCCAACUUUCAAUACUCCGAAGCAAGAUGGUACAGGAAAAGUUAGACUUACAAAGAAAGACACUCACAAAAUUUUGAAGAAUAUUAAGUAUACGCAAGUUGUAUAUGAUUCUCCCAGAGAGAAGAAAGAAGAUAAGGUAGUCAUUAAUGAGAGCACAGAUAUAGAUGAAGAUAUAAUGCAUCCAGCUAUAUCACCCAGUUAUAAUAGAAAAAUACAGCCUCCCAGCGAUAGCCCUGACGUUAUCGACAGCAGUCUUAAGAAAGAUAAUUUACAAGUGGAUUUGUUUGAAUCGCCCAAGCCGCACACGGACGUAUCGAGGGUAACGGAUUCUUACAGGCCUUUGUCUGAAAAGAGAAAGGAGCAGGUCUUGGAAUGGCUUCUGAAGACAGAUGCAUCUGAUUCUCAGAGCGAUAGCUCUUUGAAUACUGUACCCCCAAGUAAUAGAAACAGUAAUUCUGGUAACAGCAGCCUGGAAAGAUUGGAACAGAACUAUGAGACUCCGAAUAACAGAGAGAGAAUCAACAAAAUACGAACUUACGAGAAGCGAAAGACAAUUGUAAACUCUGACAGAACCGUUAAUUCAUUCUUCACGGGUCGAACUACGCUGGAUGAAUAUUUUAAAAAAUCCAAGAAUAAUUCUAAAUUCUGUACGCCAGAUAAUAAACCGAAGCUUUUACCAAAAGUACAAACAAAUGCAUUUAAAACUAAGGAUGAAGUGGACUGCGCGGGUAUUUUGGAUAAACUGUAUGGUACAGCAUGGAGAGAUAAAGCUAACGUGUUAUUUCCAACAACUGAACCACGGAAGACGUCUGCUCAAACAGUGAAUAGAACGGUCCAAACGGAACGGAAACCUGUAUCAACGAAUCAAUAUCGUGCGGUAGAUUUGGAGUCAAAUAAGUCUGACCAAGUUGGAAACAAUAUUAGACCAAAUCAAAGAAGAAACAUCCAAGGAAAACAAAAGAAAAUAGAUAGUUUUAUCGACGAUAAAUCAUUAUCAGGAAGUGAUAGUGAAAGUGUAUAUCACACUGCAUUAACAAAUGCUACAACUGUUACAAGUCAUUCAACCAAAUCCGUGCCAGUGCCAGCAUCAAUUAAACGUCUUCAGACACUGUGUGAUACGGAUUCUGAUGAUGAAGAUGAUCAAUCUAGCAGUGAGCCUAAGAAUUUGCAAGGACGAAAAUUAUCAUUUAGCGACGACGAAAGUUCUAGCACGAGCGAAUUUGAACCUGGAGAUUAUGUACCACCAAAAUACGUCCGUAAUAAAGAAGUUACUAAAAGACCAAUAUUAUCCAAAGCACCUAAAUUUGAAUCAACUACGACUAAGUCUAUGGAAUGCAAAACCUUUCUGGCAUCUUUGUCAAAUACAGUUCCAAUGAGUCAGGCUCAUCCAAACGCAAAGAAAUAUAGAUUGGAUUAUAAAAAUAAUAAGGAGGAAUUGUGUAAAAAAUUAUACGAACUGUACAACGAGAAAGUAUUUGACAAUAAGUUACCUCGAGAUACACCUAUUGAAUGGAACGUUCGUAUGAGAGGGACUGCUGGAUAUUGUUACAACAAAAAAUUUGUAAAAAGUCUUACGAGUAUCAUUAAAUCUUCGAGAAUUGUGUUAGCAACAAAAAUUGUGGAUACGCCAGAUAGACUAAGGGAUACUUUGAUUCAUGAAAUGUGCCACGCUGCAUCGUGGAUAAUAGAUGAUAUCUCGGAUGGUCAUGGAGUUUUUUGGACAAGAUGGGCUAACAAAGCAAUGAAGACGUAUCCUGAAUUGCCGCCAAUUCGUCGAUGUCAUAGUUACGAAAUUAAAACUAAAUUCACGUAUAGAUGCAUAGAAUGCGGAUACAGUGUUGGGAGGCACUCAAAAUCCUUGGAUAUCGAUAAAAAACGAUGUGGCUAUUGCUAUGGAAAGUUCGAAUUAUUGGUUAACAAAACGACGAAGACCGGUACCGUGCAAGUGCCGACACCGAAGAGAGAACCUACCGGUUUCGCGCUUUACGUGAAGCAAAAUUACAAUUCGGUGAAAAAGGAGAGGAGUUACUUGAAGCACGCUGAUGUGAUGAAGCUUUUAGGUCAGCAAUUUUCGGCAAUUAAAAUAACAAAGAAAACUGGCACAGCUAGCAAUUGAAACUUGACUCAGGGAUGCCUGACUAAAUAUCAAACAUGUAUAACUUAUUAGAUAUUCGAAUAUUUUAUAAGCGAUUUUAAAAAUCCCGGGUAGUUUGUAGUUUUAAUUAGUACGUCCUAAUUUUAGAGCAGGUUUUGAAGCUGAUAAUUGUAUGUAUUUAGAUUUCAGUAAUGCAUGUUUUAUCAGGGUGAGAUCAUACAUGCAAUUACAGUGUAAAUAUUAGGAAAUAUUGUAUUUUGGAAGACUGAUACUUUUUUUACUAUUACAGGCACUGGAAUGUGAGAUAUCUUGUAUAUUCCGCGUGUCACAUCUAUAUGUAUGUAAGCUUUCCUGUGUGAAAUAUUUAUAUAGAUCAUAUGAGAUAUUUUAUAAAUGUAGAUUAUAUUUAGGAACACGUACAAGUACUCUUUAAUAUUAAAUGACAAUUAAGAUUUGUAGCAGUGUUCAAUGACGACAACAUGAGUGCUCAAGACUGCUGUUUUGUUAAGCAAGGAUUAAAUUAUUUUAAUAAAAUCUUGAUAAAAGAGAUCCUUAUAAUUUUGCAUACUGUCCAAAGCCUUCGAGAAUUCCUCCGCGGUGCGACAAACUCUUUACCCUUUUGUUCUUAAAUUUCUUAUAAGUUACUCUCCCAUUAAUUGUACAUACAAUUUACUAUUUGCCGUCUAAUUUGAUGGAUACGUCAAAUUUAAAGUCACAAUCUGUCAGAUCAGCUGCUCGA